GGCCCGCCCCCGGCUGCCCGGGACUCCGGUUGUCGCCGCGGCUCGAGCGCCCCGGAAGCUGCCCCUUCUCGGGGUCGUGAUGGGCAGCAAGAUGGCGUCCGCUAGCAGGGUCGUGCAGGUAGUCAAGCCACAUACUCCAUUAAUAAGGUUCCCUAACAGAAGAGACAAUCCUAAACUAGAUGUAUCAGAAGCUGUGAGAUCAACAGGAGUACCAUCUCACUCUUCUUCAAUUUCACAGCAUUCUAAGGGAAGUAAAUCGUCAGAUUGGCUGAUGCAUCAGGGUCCACCAGACACUGCAGAAAUAAUAAAAACAUUACCUCAGAAAUACAGAAGGAAACCUGUGUCUCAAGAAGAAGUCGAAUAUAUCCAACGUGGAGGUCCUGAAUAAUCACUGACACUAUGGCUGCUGUUUGUUAUCAAACAAAAGAAUAAUCUUUACAAUAAAGGACUUCCAAAAUGACUAAUGAGAAAUUAUACAUUAAACAACUUUAACAAAUAUUCUGUAAAAAAAAAAAAAAAAAGAAAGAAAUAUAGAAAACUUAGAUAGACACUGUAUUUCUUAAUUUAUGUAUCUUGGCAGCUUUUCCACAAGCUUACCUAAUUGUUUAUUUACUUUAUACUUAUUAAAGUACACAUUUAAAAAUGUUAGUCUAUUAAUUUACUCUUAUUAUCAAGUAUUACCAGUGUUUAACUAUUAAAAGCACACAAUGUCUAAUAAACCAUCAUAGAUUUCCCAUAAUUUCACUUUUCUUUCGGUUUCUGUUUAGACAUUAGUUUAUCAGGCAGAAUUGCUUUUUGGAAGUGAUUUUCCUGAAAUUGGAUGAGGAUAGGUGAAAUAAUGACUCCAUUAUUUGUUAAUUCUCUUAGCAUUUUUU